UCGCUAUUCAUGUGUUCUUACACCGUGUGCUGAGCGUUAGGUACACUUGUGUCACGGUUCAAUUUGGUUUUCGGUUAGGAGAUAAAGGAAAAUUGUAAUAUAUUUUUGUUUUAUAUAGUAUUGUAUUUACAUUCCAUAAUGAGAUAGUACUGGUUAGAGUAGUUAGCAAGCUGUCACAGGAGCAGUCUGGUGGUGUUCAUGUACCUGUAUGCUCACAUCACACAUUCAUGGUCAUGGAGCAUUCACUUGAGUCAGUGGUGAAUUUGCUGGAGUCCUACAGAGGAAGAGAUAAAGUGAUAAGGACAGUUUGCUAUGGAUCGCAGCUGGUCGGAGGCAUCAUUUCAAGAAAAACCUCCAACUCGUCACAGUUCGGUAAAAGUCUCCUAGUCUUCUCAGCUCAGCUCAGUCACUGCCGGACGGUACUGCGGCUGUUUGAUGACCUUUCUAUGGCUGCGUACUCGCGGAGCUAUGGUCUAGGAUCCACGGAGGAGGACAAGGUGCUACGGUGCAUGUCGGUGCUGAUUAACGUUGCAGAUCAACUGUAUUAUCCCUGCGAACACGUAGCCUGGGCUGCUGAUGCGCAGCUUAUUAAAGUCAAGUCUGACAAAUGGUGGACACUAAGCACAGUUCUGUGGGGUGUGUCUUUACUACUGGGUACACUCAGGUCGCUCAGACAAAUUCGAAAAUUAAGAAAGAAGGCAGAAACAUGCAGGAAAGCAGCACAAGGGGACAGCAGGGAAAACACUGCUACCGCUGCUGCUGACAUUCAGAAGCAGAUUUGGGGAGAGUUUCUUAAUAUUCUCUGCAGCCUGGCAGAUCUGAGCAACGCUAUUCAUUGGAUGCCACCUGGAUUUCUUUGGGCCGGGCGCUUCCCUGAUUGGCUGGUUGGACUAAUGGGAACUGUGUCCUCCCUGCUUGGCAUGCUGCACAUGAGUUCCAGCGAUUAACGUGCCAGUGUUGAUGCUGAUGAACUGUGAAGACCUGAAAGAAUGUCCUUUUUUUUUUAACUACAUAAUAUUCAAUUUCUUGUUGAUUAUAAAGUUUGUGUAAUGAUGCAAGCUUCAUAAUUAUUUUACAUAAUACACUAUAACAAGUACAUGACCAAAUCUUAGAGAAGGUAUGCAGCAUAUAAUUAUGACUAACUGUAAAGUAAGAGAAAUAUAGCACUUUAGAUUAAGGAUGUACACUGACCAAAGUCAUCAAAUACAAUAAAAAUUUAGGUAUUCAUUUA